GCGCUUGGCCGGCCUCGUUCCUUCCCUCCCCGCCGCCUGCCCCGGCUGCUAUAUGGCAAGCACUUAACCACUAUGCUUACCGCGAUGCAGUGUUCCUUGCAGAAAGAUUAUAUGCAGAAGUACAUUCAGAAGAAGCACUGUUUUUACUGGCAACGUGUUACUACCGCUCAGGAAAGGCCUAUAAAGCAUACAGGCUCCUCAAGGGGCACAGCUGUACAACCCCACAAUGUAAAUACCUGCUUGCAAAAUGUUGCGUUGACCUCAGCAAAUAUGGACCUAACGAACAUUAGCCCAUAUUGCAGAAACCUCUAAAAGGUAUUGAAUAACUUACAAAGGAGUUGUCAAGCUGUGUAGGGGGAGGAAACGUUGAUUGCUGAGAUGACUCAAGGAGACCACUCUGGGAAGUGUUUGUUUUGGUUUUGUGUUUCUCUGAUACUUUGCUUAUUUCAUUAGGUGUGUCCAGUAUGAAUUUAAUGGAUAGGUGACUUCAAAUGGCUUGCUCCUCUUACCCAGUUACUGCUAGUGGGUGGGUGAGGGAAAAGAUGGCAGACAGAAAUCUGUUUUUAAAAAACCCCAGCAAACCCACCUUGAAUCCACAUCUAAACCGUAUUCAACAUCAAAAUUAACCUUGACACCACUACAUCCUUGUCAAGGUAUCUUGCUGGUUUUCUGGCAUCUAACAGCAAGAGUAUAUAAUGAAAUUGCUCCAGCUACAGGCCGUAAUGCCCUGAGAGUUUGUUAAUGAGGGUAUUUCACUUCUAUGUAGACCUUUCAGCAUAAAUGUAGGAAACGAUGUCUGGCUGAGGUCCAGAAUGGAGAGGAUGAGGCACCAAGAAAAGUAAAAACUUUUGUUCAAAAAACUUUAAAUACUGUGGGGUGUUCUUUACAGAAGCUUAAAACAGCUUGUGGUUAUGUGUUGUGGCUUUUUUUGCAUUUUGAGUGGCCCUCUUUCAAUGACCACAAAAAAAAAGUUUAAUUUCUUUAGAAUAGGUAAUGUGAUGUUUGGCAUUUCACACAGGAUGAUGCGAUUCUUUUGCAGGAUUCUUGAUCCUGCUUGCAACAUAUAACCAAAAUGCAGGUGUCUCCAGAGGCAGCAGGAGAAGCUCCUUAGUCUUUGAUCCUCUCUUUAGUAGGCAAGUCCUUUGACAUCUUUAGAGUAGCGAGGAUGUCUUGACUUGCUGUGUUUCUUUUGACACUCUUUUAACGCUUUUGGAGCUAUUAGGAUACAGGGGUUUUUGCCUCUUCUGCUGAAAGGGAAAUAAUGCUCUAGUUGGAAAGGUCCCAGUGGAAUAAAUUUGAAGCUGAUCAUUCCCUCCCUUGCUUUUACAAAGUCUGGUGUGUGCAUAUAGUACAUCAGCUUCUGAAAUUAUUUCAGUUAGAUAGGUGGGACUUCUUAAACAUAUUCUUUAACAUUUGUUAAAUUUAACUGUCAUUGCUAUUACAAUUAUACGAGCUCACUUAUACAGAUGUACCUUAUUUUCUUGUGGGAAUGGUCUAUACUGAUAGAAACAUCUACCUACAAGUAUAAUUUCAAGUGGAGGCAAGAAGAGAUGAUUUGUUUGUGCAGGUGUCUGUCUCAAAUGCCAGAAGAAUGCUUCCUGUCCCCAGAUGUUGUAUAAAGUCAUUUUCAAGCCUAACAGUGAGUGGCCCAUUCCAUGUGAGCAGUGCUGCUCACUGCAGGUGUAGUAGAUGUCAACCGAGCCUUUGUUCUCCUUUUGAGCCCCUCUUGCAAGAAAGCAAAGCAUUAAAAUCCAAACUCUCUGCCAUAUCCCAGUGUUGGAUCUUAACUGAAUGCGUGGAGCCUUAUGGAUUGUAUUUCUUAGUUCGGAAACAAAGCCAAACUAAGCAUUGUUUUGGCUUGUUGCUAGGUAAAGUACCUUCGAAAAAUGAAGCAUCUAGAAGACUUUCUCGUCCUCCAUUUAGUAUUCUACUUCAGAUUAGUCACUUCUGGAGAAGUCAUGUUGUAUUAUGUGUCUCUGGUUUUGGAGUGGUGUGGGUUUUGGGGUUUGUUUUGUUUUUCUUCCCUUCCAGUAGAGAUGUUCAGCUUCAGAGUACUGCGUACCUCCGUGUUGCUAGAGGAAUCCAAUUAAAAUUCAUUUGCAGGAACUAGUUUGUAUGUGGUUUGAAACUUGCGAACACUGACAGUGGAUUUCUGUUUUUGUUUGCAGCAGGGUGAAAACACUGGACUACCAAUACUGUGAGCCUUGUAACCCCUUUAAACCUCUUGUUUUUUAAAAAGGCUUGCAGAAGGAGAGCAGAUCUUAUCUGGUGGAGUGUUGAAUAAACAGAAAAGCCAUGAUGACAUUGUUAUGGAGUUUGGUGACUCUGCAUGCUUUACACUCUCCUUACUGGGACAUGUCUACUGCAAGACAGACCGGCUUGCCAAAGGAUCAGAAUGUUACCAAAAGAGCCUUAGUUUAAAUCCUUUCCUCUGGUCCCCUUUUGAAUCGCUGUGUGAAAUAGGUGAAAAACCAGACCCUGACCAAACAUUUAAAUUAACAUCUUUACAGAACUUCAGCAGCUGUCUGCCUAACACUUGCACAACGUUGGUAUCCAAUCACAACAUAUCCCAUAGACAGCCUGAGACUGUCCUUAUGGAAACGCCGCAAGACACAAUUGAGCUGAACAGAAUCAACCUAGAAUCCUCCAAUUCAAAAUACUCCUCCUUGAACACUGAUUCUUCUAUGUCUUACAUUGAUUCAGCUGUAAUUUCACCUGAUGCAGUCCCUCUUGGGUCAGGAACUGCCAUACUGUCUAAACAGGCUCAAAAUAAACCAAAAACUGGGCGGAGUUUACUGGGGGGACCUGCGGCUUUGAGCCCACUAACUCCAAGCUUUGGAAUUUUGCCACUAGAAACCCCAAGCCCUGGAGAUGGAUCAUAUUUACAAAACUACACGAACUCUUCUUCUGUAAUUGAUGUGCCAUCCACAGGAGCACCUUCAAAGAAGAAAUUUUGUGUUAUGCAGACUGUCAGCAGGAUAAGCCAAGCUGGAACAAAAUCUGUCUUCUCACAGAGUGGAAAUAGCCGGGAAGUCACUCCAGUUCUUGUUGCACAAACACAGAGUUCUGGCCCACAGACAAGUACGACACCUCAGGUAUUGAGCCCAACAAUUGCUGCUCCACCAAACGCACUGCCUCGAAGAAGCUCUCGCCUGUUUACUAGCGAUAGCUCUACAACAAAGGAAAAUAGCAAAAAAUUAAAAAUGAAAUUUCCACCUAAGAUUCCAAACAGAAAAACAAAAAGUAAAACAAAUAAGGGAGGAAUAACUCAACCAAACUUAAAUGAUGGUUUGGAAAUUACCAAACUGGACUCUUCCAUCAUUUCAGAAGGGAAAAUUUCCACUGUUGCACCACAGAUCCAGGCUUUUACGCUACAGAAGGCAGCAGCAGAAGGUUUGAUGAGCCUUCUUCGUGACAUGGGGAAAGGUUAUUUAGCCUUGUGUUCGUACAACUGCAAAGAAGCGAUCAAUAUUUUAAGCCAUUUACCAUCCCACCACUACAACACUGGCUGGGUGCUGUGCCAAAUUGGGAGAGCUUACUUCGAACUUGCAGAAUAUAUGCAGGCUGAGAGAAUAUUUUCAGAAGUGAGGAGGAUUGAAAACUACAGAGUAGAAGGCAUGGAGAUCUAUUCAACUACGCUGUGGCAUCUGCAGAAAGAUGUUGCCCUUUCAGUUCUUUCAAAGGAUUUGACGGAUAUGGAUAAAAACUCACCAGAGGCAUGGUGUGCUGCAGGAAACUGUUUCAGCUUGCAACGAGAGCAUGACAUUGCAAUCAAGUUCUUCCAGAGAGCCAUUCAAGUUGAUCCAAACUAUGCUUAUGCCUACACCCUGUUGGGGCAUGAAUUUGUGUUAACAGAAGAACUAGACAAAGCAUUAGCUUGUUUUAGAAAUGCAAUCAGAGUCAACCCUAGACACUAUAAUGCAUGGUAUGGGUUGGGAAUGAUUUAUUACAAACAGGAAAAAUUCAGUCUAGCAGAAAUGCACUUCCAGAAAGCACUUGAUAUCAAUCCUCAGAGCUCAGUCUUACUGUGUCACAUUGGAGUAGUUCAACACGCACUGAAAAAAUCUGAAAAGGCUUUGGAUACUUUAAACAAAGCUAUUAACAUUGACCCCAAGAACCCGUUAUGCAAAUUCCAUAGAGCUUCUGUAUUAUUUGCAAAUGAAAAAUACAAGUCUGCUUUACAAGAACUUGAAGAACUGAAACAGAUUGUUCCCAAAGAGUCUCUUGUUUACUUUUUAAUAGGAAAGGUUUAUAAAAAACUGGGUCAAACACAUUUGGCCCUAAUGAAUUUCUCAUGGGCAAUGGACUUAGAUCCCAAAGGAGCCAAUAACCAGAUUAAAGAGGCCAUUGAUAAACGUUACCUUCCAGAUGAUGAGGAACCAAUAACUCAAGAGGAGCAAAUCAGUGAAUGUUACCCCUAUGAAUCAGUCGGCACAGAUGAAUCCCAAGAGAGCAGCAUGACGGAUGCAGAUGACACACAGCUCCACGCAGUUGAAAGUGAUGAAUUUUAACCUCCAAAAGCCUGUAUCUGAGCUUGAGUGUGACUGGUACUGUUGUGUUCUCCCCUUCCUUCGCAUCCUGGGUCUUCACAUCACUGAGCCAGCAUUGUCAUUAUUCUCCACUGACACCAUGAGUACACCACUUGGACUUAAACUGUACGCAGGGUUAAUGGCAGUGCAAUAUUCAGCUGCUACUGAGUCUGACUGGUUGGCUCUUACACGUUUAUGAGAGUGACUGAGAAGGAAAUGCUAUUUUUGGACUCCCCUCUGCUGGAAAAAUAUCAUGGAAGAAAGACUUGUGGUUUGCUGUAACGAAGCCAGUAGAUGUGGGGAUAGUACUAAUGAAGCAGUGUCUUGUUCUUUUUCCAGAAAUGUGUCUUAGUUUGGUUCUUUCUUGGUAAGCAGAGUGCUGAACCUCAUUUCCAAGUUCAAGGACAGUGUUGACAAAUGCAGGCUGUUAAGACUUUUGCAUAUUGUAGUGUAACUUAAAUGCCAGGGAAUGUAAAUGACCUUAAAGCUGCAGAGUCUCCAGUGAACAAACAAUGCAUGUGCUCAGGACUGGGAGCGUGUCAGACUACGUAAAACAUCCUGGUGUCCCUACUUAGAGCACAAACUUGCAGGAGUGGAAAUGUAGCAGGAGAAUCACAUUGCUGAAUCAAAGCUUUCAUGAAAUGCUUUCAUGUUCUAACCAAGAAUUAAUUUAUUCACCUAGUUUCGGAAAGGUCAGUGUUUACUUUGUACUUCAAAGUCAGCAACACCUUACUUUGUUUUUCAUACACCCCUUGACUUGUUCUUCCCCUUUUAAGAAUAAAAAUUAAUAAAGGGCAAAAAUCAAGAGAGAAAUGUAGAAGCAACCGUAAUGUGAAAACCUCAAACCCUUGAUCCAGAGUGACUGCAUGUUUCUAAGCAGAUAGAUGGGGAAGACCGUGGAAGCCUUAAUACAAUCGGAACCUUACAGUCAAACGCAUCAAAUAAUUGUCUAAGAUUAGUAUCUUUUUUAAAACUGUUUUGUAAAGUAUGAUCCAAGCAGGAUGCAAAAAUGCGGAAUUACCUGUCUUUCUCCUCUUUUUUUUUUUUUUUUUUAAGUUCCUCUUUAAGAUUCUCACUCUAGGAACACUUUCCUCUUCUACAGAGGCUGCUUCUGUGAGAAGAAAGCUAUGCCAUGUUAACAAGUGCAAAAUUACCUUACUCUGUAGCAGCAACUGAUGCCCUUUAUGCAGUGAUGAUAAAGAAAGUGUAUGAUAUAACAGUUUUAAAGAGCAAUUUAUGCAUAAUAAAUUGGGAAUGAUAUAAAUUUCAUAGCAACAUCUUUGUUGUGAUCAGUCUUAAUUUUUUUAUGUAUUGGUUUUUAGGGCUCUCUUAGUUACCUUUAGAACUUCUUUUUUUUUUUUUUUUUUUAAAUUCUGUCCUUGUCUUACACUUCUUCUGUCACAGCUCCUUGCUGGUCCUGAGCCCCAUGGACACCUUUAUCAUAUGAAAAAUAAUCCGCAAGUGCUGAGCAAAAAUAUAAUUCUCUAGGUUUUGGGGUGGGGUGGUGGGUUUUGGGUUUUUUUUGGAAGUAGGAGGCUAAGCAGUGAAAAAUAGGCUUAAACUCCCCUAAUAGCUUGAAAAGGAAUUUCUAAAAUCUGAGGAAUGAUAAUAUAUUAAAGGAGCUUUGUGCCUCUGCCACGUUCUUCCCAUCAGCUUGCGUCUGGAAGGUUGCUGAACUGACCACAAAAUCAUGAUGCGUUUCAGCUGGCUUGAGCGUACCGAACCUUGCACAGCUUUUUGUGGUGAUAGAUAUUCUGGGGCGAUUCCCCUUUCCUGACGAGUCCUCCCUGAGUUUCGGCUUUCCCCAGAGCUGAUCUGCAUCUGCAGUGCUCUGGAGUUACCCGUGUCGGUCCUGACACGGUUUUCCCAUCCAGCCGCAGCUUCCCGGUGCAUCCCUGCACCUCUGCACCACGUCUAGAGGCAGUACUGGUGCAAAGACCACUAAUUAACAUGUUAAUUGGCUUCAUUUUGGUCCCCAACAUAUUUUUAAAGCAAAAAGCAGACAUAAGCAGGUGCCACUCUCGAGUUUUUCCAUAACAAAUGCUGCUGUUUAACUGGGACUGGAGAGCUGGGAAAUUAGGUGGGUAUUUUCCCUUUUAUUUUGUUCUCUAAAAAUUGUUCACAAUUUUUAAGUAAAAUUUUCACCACCCUGGAAAGAGCUUUUAAUUCAGCUGGGAUGUUAAAAGGAUAUUCAUGCUUCCUGGGAGGAUUUAGUACUUACACCUCUCCCUUGCUUUACAUGUACAUCAUACCUUCAAGUGAUUUUUUUCUUUUUUCCCCCCAAUAAUCUCAAGUAAUAUUUAGACCGUGCUGCUAUUUUACCUUCUAAAUAGAUACGCAAAAUUAGUAUUUAACCAGUAAAGUUGUGCUCCCUCUGAAGAGGGGCAGGGAGAAGGAUGGCAAGCAUGAAGGCACUCUGGCAGCUGGGUUAGAGCAAGUGUGUUCACUGAAUGGAAUUAGGGAACUGUCAUUUUCUUACAACAAAACUAUGGAAAAAUGCAAAGUGUGGGUGUGGUGUGUACUAUUUGCAUUGAAACAAUGUAUUUUGUCUUUCUCUUAUUUUUUUUCUUCUUGCUUUUCCUGACUUUUUAUUUCAAAAAUUGUACAGUCUUAGGAAAAAAAAAGUCUUUUCUGUUAAUAUAUUUGCGAUUCAUUAAAGGAUGUGGAAAAUCCAAAUAAACUACUUUUAAAAGCA